AUGUCCAUGGUCAUCUUUGAGUCCCAGCCCCCCAAGCUCAACCUGCCCAAGGGCAUGUCGUGGUCCUUGUACCUGAAAAUGGUGGCAGCCAGCACGGGGGCCAUGCUGGCUGGGGCAGAAGUGGUGCACAGGUACUACCAACCCGAUCUGACCACACCUGAAGUGUCUCCAAAAUGUGAUGAACUCAAAAGAGAGCUUCUGGGUUUGAAAAGCGGAGAAGAGCAAGAUCAGAUUUCUCAGCAGCAGUGA